UUGAAGCUUUUUUCGACUGCAACUUGCAAGGAAGUUGGCUAUUUUGUAGAUGUGGAAACAUAUUCUACUAUAUCGACUCGAUGUAUCGCUAUAAGGAAGAUCAAAAUUUUUCCCAAGAAGCCCCUUACUCGCACCCGACAUUCACAUUUUCUAUUCAGGGAGGCACGCGCUGUUCUCAAUCUGCUAAAAAACGAACAUGGCUCUAGAGAGAAGGCGCAGAUUAUCGUGUCCGAGUUUCCCGAAGAAGUCAUCGAUGAACUGUUUCCAGCUCGUAACGCUAUGGAGUUCAGCAGUCUCAACGCAGCUGAUAUGCGCUCUGUGAACUCGGAUAAAUAUCUGAUUCGACUUCAUAAACGAGUGAUAUCAGCGAUUCAAUAUCAUCAUAGAACCACUGCUCAGUGGAGUUCCCUUAUGAAACAAGCACUCUUCCUCGAGGACAUCUCCCAAGCUGAGCUUUCCGGCCACCUUGAAUCAACAUCGUGCACCUUCUUCCCAGAAAGCGUACGCUACUUCUGGCUGGUCACAGCUCAAAGACCCCUAUGUAUGAUACUUGCCAUCUUGCUUACUGGCAUGACCAUCAUGAUUUUGAUUAGUGAGUGCACUUUCUUCAUAGUUAGCCCGACCUUGACACCUGCCGGGAUAAUCGUUGAUUACGCUGCAAAGCGUUUCCAUUACAAAUUUCAGAUUGUUGCAGUUGCUAUAAUUUGCUACCUGUGUGCGUGUGCUUAUUUCACCGUUUUCCGGCUAAAGAUCUACCAGUACUAUCAUUUAGAUCCAAAUCGACAUACUGAUGGAAACAGCUUACUUUUCAGCGCUAUUAAGGAAUUGUGCUUUUACGAAUGGGCAGAAGGAAAACAGUGAUG